AUGACACUAAUCUUUUCAGAAUGAGAACAUCUAAACACUCCGUAAAUGUCCCAUAUCCCAACGUGACAUAAUGCAGAGCUUACUGCAGCCGUUCUCCGUGUGCUCACAAUGUUUUUCCAGAGCUAUCCAUCAAAUCAAAACAUCAUUCUCCUUUCGCAAUUUCUCCUCAGCACAUCUAGGUUUAGCUACCACUCCCAAUCCAGUGGCUGCCUUCGCCGAACUUCCACAUCGAGGAUUUGUUCUAUUAUCCGGGUACGAUGCACCGAAAUUCUUACAGGGACUUACCACAAAUAAUGUCGAGCCAUCACGCGAGACACCUUGGUACUCUGGGUUUCUGAGCGCGCAAGGAAGAGUGCUCUGGGAUGUUAUUAUAUACCCCUACCGCAGUAGCAAUGAAUGCGGUAAGGUUUAUCUUGUAGAAGUGGAAAGAGACGAGGUUGGAAGCUUUAUAAAACAUUUGAAGAGACAUAAGCUGCGGAGUCAAGUCACAAUUCGCGACGCAAGUGAAGAAUGGCACGUAUUUUCUGCAUGGUCAAGUAAUGGAAUAUCUCCAGUGGCAGAGAUGCAACAAGGUUCUGGGGCAACUGAAGGAGCAAUUGUCACUGUCGAUCCAAGACUUCCCUCCCUUGGUCAUCGCAUCGUUCUCAAUUCAGAGCUCAAUCACCCAGCUGCAGCACUCCCGGAAUUCUAUGGCACUCUUCCCAAAACCUCCACAGAGUCAUACACCAUUAGAAGAUACUUGCAGGGGGUCCCGGAGGGGCAACAUGAAAUAAUUAAGGAGAGCGCUUUGCCGAUGGAGAGCAACAUGGAUUAUCUAAAUGGAAUAGACUUCCGCAAAGGUUGUUAUGUCGGACAAGAGCUCACGAUCCGCACGCAGCAUACGGGCGUCAUUCGUAAACGGAUUCUGCCAAUCCAGCUGUAUGAUGCCGACGCGCCAUCCAUGUUGUCUUACAUGCCUUCGGGGCCAGAGGUCGAAUCUGGUGCGGACAUUAAAGCAGAAGGAGGAAAGAGACCAGUAGGCAAGCUUUUGACAAGUAUUGGUAAUAUUGGACUUGCACUAUGUAGACUGGAGAAUAUGACAGACCUGCGAGUCAGCGCGGAAGGCGGUUCGUUCAAACCUGGCAUGGAAUUUAACGUUGCUCUCAAGGCUGGAAAUGGAAGGGUGAAAAUCAAAGCUUUUGUACCCGAGUGGCUUAGAAUACGGGAAAAAGAGAAAAUGGAUAGGCGUGCCAAAAGAGAAGAACCCAUAUUGGAAUGAAGAGACAGGGUUGUAAAGAUUAUGCUCGGUUUAUAACCUACUUGCUUGAUCCGUUCUCUCGCCAAAUUUAAUGCGCAUGUAUAACAAUCAUGUACGGCAAUAUUUUCUGCUUACAUAGCCAAAUGCUUGAAUUCCAUAAUGAGAAGUUUAGGUUUUGC